UUCGAAUAUGCAUCCACAAAUAAUAUCGAUAUUGCUGAGUGAGUUUCACCCUACUACAGGGCCUAUGGUGAAAUAUCAAGUUCCAAAAGAAAUCAUAUCCAAAGCUCAUUUUGACGUAAUACAUAAUUACAUCAUUCCCAAGCCGGAAUUUCAAGGCCGUCUUAUCACGGUAAAUGCUUUGGGAUAUAAAAUUGUGGGCUGUCCUGUGUCCAUUGAUGACACAAAGUACCAGAGGAAUGCUCUGAUGUUUAACCUUUGUUUUGUGUUCGAUCAAAAUGUGGACACCAGCAACCAUGAGCCAGUGGUCAAGAAACUGGCCUUGUAUCUCACACAGAUUGAGUUGGAGAGUGGGUUUUUGUCAAAAGAGAAAAGCCAGGAACAAAUUCCAGUCUUCAUGGAGAAGGUUCUGCAUCUCCUGAAUAAGUAUGGCUUCUGUCGAAUUCCAGUGGGAGAGUCCAUUACUGUCCACUUGAAGGUUACUGUGAAUAUUGCUGAGCCUCCUCCUGUACUGGACCAUGAUGUCCCCAUCCUGAUCAGAGAUAAGGGGAGACCACAACAUGCAUGGGAUCUCACCACACAGCAGGUUCUGCCCUACAUUGAUGGAUUUCAUCCAACUUGUCGGAUAGCAGUUGAAGCGGAUGUGGAAAUCAAUCUAGUGAAGUCUUGUCUACAAAAUCUCCUAUAUUACAAUAUAAUUAAGAUAAUACCAGUUUUUCAGUAUUCUAACAUGUACACCGUGACGUCAGACAUUAAAAAGCUGUUUUCUGAUGCACAUCUUCAAGACCAGUGUAUGCAUUUUAUUGCAAUUAAAGGUCACACGUUACCCCUGCUGCGGGACAUUCUGACCCUGUACACCAGUAUGACACAUGGUGUAACUGUCCGUGAUCUCUGCUGUCGAUAUAAUCCACAUGGACUCAAAAUUGAUGAAAAGAAGUUGAUCCAGUUUGGAGUGGUGAAAAAUCUAAUACGUGUGCUGAGGAAAUUCCCCAUUCUAGUCCCCACCAAUGCCGAACCUGACCCCCGACUGAGGUCUCUGUAUCCUAUGUUUGAUGGACUUCACUGUUAUGAUGAAAUAUGCUGUAAAGUUGGCAUAAGUCAAGCAGAUCUGGAGGAGAGGAUAGAGAAUGAUCCUCAUGUGACAGUGUGUGUAAAGUGAGGAGUGUCUCUAAUCCUGUCUGGAUAAAGUGAUCUGCAUGAACAAUGCUACAAAACAAACCAAAUGAAUUAAAAUCCAGAAACACUUGCUCCAUUCAACAGCUACAGGCAAUGCAGAUACCGUAUUAGACUGUACUUAAAGAAGAAUAUAAAGUAGAAUCCAAUAUGGCAGUCAGCAACAGACUGUGAAAAUAAGACAGCUAUUUAUUGAAAUAGAUUGGGAGACAUGAAUUGAACUCAAAGACUAAGUAAUGGACAGUGUGAUGCUCUGAAUGCUUCAGGUGUUCAGAUUCUCACUUGAUGAAUGCUUCAGGUGUCCAGGUUCUUACUUGAUGAAUGCUUCAGGUGUUCAGGUUUUCAUUUGAUGAAUGCUUCAGGUGUUCAGGUUCUCACUUGAUGAAUGCUUCAGGUGUUCAGGUUCUCAUUUGAUGAAUGCUUCAGGUGUUCAGGUUCUUACUUGAUGAAUGCUUCAGGUGUUCAGGUUCUCACUUGAUGAAUGCUUCAGGUGUUCAGGUUCUCACUUGAUAAAUACUUCAGGUGUUCAGGUUCUCACUUGAGGAAUGCUUCAUGUGUUCAGGUUCUUACUUGAUGAAUGCAGGAUUAUAAAUAAAAAUACUUACUGUAUUAACAUUUAUUAAAUUUGUUAAUAAUAAAGUGUUCAGCAUUUUUA